AUGGACUCCACCGGAGCAGGGGUCUCAACUUCAAUAUCUCUAUCCGAAGAUGGGGACUAUGCUGCACAAUUAAAUGGCAAAGAUUUGGCCAUCCACCUCGACCCAGCUUCUCCUGAAUUCAAAGAAAUACAAGUUAUCAAGCUUAAGGACACUGCCUCAAAAUUUCUAAAGUUCUCGAGAUCAAAGCCCGUCCUACCUUCAAGCACGCACUCCUAUGCAGGGGUAAACUCUCCAGGAAGACGCGUGCUUUGUGCUAGUGAUGCACGCAUCCUGGUCUGGCAGCUGGACCCAAUACAACUGCAUGCAGAGAUUGAAAGCAUUGAGCCCGGCGCUACAUAUGUCGACUUUGGCGGCGAUGAAAAUGAGAUCAUUUUCUUUCACGCCUGGAAUACGAAAAUCACAGUGUUCGGACUGGAUUCCGGCCGCAGCCAGGUCAUCAGAAGCCCCAAAUUUUCAAACUAUAAUGGCUUCGGAUAUCGGCCCAAAACAAGGCAAUUCGCUGUUCUUCUGAAGCCGGAUGCCGUUGAUUUACUCACGAUUCAUGAAUUUCGAUCUUACGAGCUUAUCGGGCGAGCAGUUCUGCCUACGGUAGAUGCUCAAGGACUCAAAUGGAGUCCGGAUGGGAGGUGGAUAGCCGUGUGGGAUGCUGCGAGUGCGGGCACCAGAGUCCUGAUUUUCACGGCUGAUGGACAACUUUUUAGAACCUACAGUGGCCCUUCGGGGCUCGAUAGCUCGCUCGACCUUGGUGUUAGAGCGAUAGAGUGGAGCCCUGUUACCGGGCAACGCGGUGUGUCAGAGCUUCUGGUGGUUGGAAAGGUCGAUGGGACUGUUGAUGUCCUCAAGACCCGAACAUUUUCCUGCUCUAUCACGCUUUCCCAUGUGCUCCAAAUAGAGCACAAUUCCCCCAGUGUCUGGCGGGAACGCUACGCCGGGGAUGGGGACCUGGAAUAUGCCGAAGCGUCCAGCUCUUCUGCAUUUGGCAUGCCUACUGAGCCAUCCGGAUCGCCUCGGGGCGUGUCGAUCAUGGCCUUUAGUGCCAGCGGAACUCUUCUAGGCACUGUCGAUCAGACGCGACCGAAUAUUGUCUGGAUAUGGGACCUGGAAAGCACCCCGGUCCUGCUAUCUGCUCUAAUCCACGAGCACGCUGUCAGACAAGUGGUGUGGCAUCACUCGAAGAUGCAAUUGCUUAUUACUACAGCGAAUACUGCUUACGCUGCUGUUCGGUACUGGUCCCCAGCCAGCCAACCGCUAAUUGCGCGCAUUCCCGUUUCGCGAAGCGAAACCGGAAGAUACGAUGUGAGAUGGUUAUCUUUCGACGAGGACGACGAUUCUAAGUUCUGGUUCGGUACGCCAGACGAUUAUGCGCUGGGUCACCUUGAAAGGGUCGAAGGGUCACCGCAGUUCAAGGUAACCAGUACCAUCAAUGGUAAGGCGAAGGGGAGCGGCUACGGUCCGAGCAUGAGCAGAUAG